AUGCUGGUGAUUGAUUCGACUUCCUCCCCUGGCCGGCUGGCGCCAACACAUCACGAUGCAGUACCUCUCGGGAAGGCAGACAUCAUCGACCAGUGCAGCACAAUCAUCGCUUCAACACUAGACUCCCUCAAUUCCGCCUUCCAAGAAGUCAACCUCAGCAUCCACUCCCAUCCCGAACUCGCAUACCAAGAAGUCUUUGCCCACGACAAACUGACCGACUUCCUUGAACAUCAGGGUUUCCAAGUCAAACGCCACGCAUGGGGCCUCGACACAGCCUUUGAAGCGACAUUGGGCUCUGGGGGUCGUCAAGUCGUCUUCUGCGCUGAAUACGAUGCACUCCCAGGCAUUGGCCAUGGCUGCGGGCAUAACCUCAUCGCUACAUCCUCUCUCGCGGCGUUUGUCAGCACCGCUCGUGCUCUGCAGACUACCAAGCUUCCUGGGCGCUUGCGCAUCAUUGGGACGCCUGCUGAAGAAGGUGGCGGUGGUAAGAUCAUGCUCAUCGAGGCUGGGGCGUUUGAUCCUCCCCAUGAUAUCGCGGCAGCUUUGAUGUCGCACCCAAUGACCUCCGGACCAUGCUCUGAUGGGCUGGUGUAUGAUGGGAUAGCUGGGACGAGAAGCAUUGCGGCGUACAAGACCAAGGUCAUCUUCAAGGGCCGAGCAUCACAUGCGGGUGCAGAACCGUGGAAUGGGAUCAACGCGUUGGACGCUGCUGUUGGUGCCUAUGUUAACGUCUCCAUGUUACGACAGCAGAUCAGACCAGAUGAGAGGGUGCACGGUGUAUUCGAAGAUGGCGGGACAGUUCCCAACAUUAUCCCUCAGUACACUCGAAUGAACUGGUGCAUUCGCAGUCCCACACUGGUAGGAUGUCAAAAUCUCGUCAAGCGAGUACAGGCCUGCUUUGAAGCAGGAGCUGCAGCAGCAAAUUGCAAGGUCGAAUACGAAACAGCACCAUUAUAUAAUGACCUCUUGAUCAACAACACCCUUUCCAACACAUACGUCGAGGAAAUGACCAAGCUAGGGCUGAAGAUAAAACCCCAAGAAAAUGUCCCCGCUUCAACGGACAUGGGCAAUGUUUCUUACCAUGUUCCGGGCUUCCAUGGUGGAUUUGCUAUCCCUACUACCCCAGAUGUAUCUAUACACCAUCCAGAUUUUGCUACAUGUGCUGGGGAGGAGGGUGCUCACAAAGCAGCUAUGAAUUGCGCAAGGGGACUUGCGAUGACUGCGAUUCGGGUGUUGGCAGAUGAAGAACUGUCAAAGCGUGUUAGAGAUGACUUUGAGAGGGCUGCAUAG